UUUGCAUAAAUUAGCAUUAUGUAUAUUAAAAAGGGUCACAUUCUUAUUUUAAUAAUUAUCUAAAGAAAAACCGACUUUUGGCCAAAUUUCGGGCCCGCUAGCCCAGUGUGCUAUGCAAAAUUUAAGAUCAUCGUGCUUAAAACAAGAACGAACGUCCUUAAAUUCAGCACUGUUUUUUUUGAGUGUGGCUGAGUGUCGUUUACUAUAGCGUCAAAAUAUAUAUGUUAUAUUUAAGUUAUGCACAGACGUUGAAAAUGGAAAGCAACUUUAUGAGCGUCUAUCCUGGAGCUGGGACCGUGGCUUUAAGGCGCGUCAUGGAUGCUAUGUCGUUAUUCUAUGAAAAGCGUUCAGCUGCACACCGGCGCAAACACUUUAUGGUUAUACAAUGUCCACGGCCAGGACUGUGUUUCGUCUUUCACGGAAUGAUUCUUAGUGCAUGUGAGCAUUUUGCCAUAGAUUUUCUGACAAAACAGGGAAGUGAAAUAUGCGACGACUGUGAUGUGCUGCUCCAAAUAGGAUCACGACUUCCUCAAAACUAUAUUACGCGCAACUCACGGCUAAUGGGAAAGUGGGGCCCCGAGGAGAAUUCAUCAUAUCUAACAUUUCAACUGAACCGUGGAAAAUCUUUUUGGAUGCAAAUAUUGCUUACUGAGGAGUGCUUUUUCAUUUCAGUGAAUGGCUUUCAUUUUGCAAAAUAUAUUCACCGUAUGCCUUAUCGGUGGCUUGAAGCUGUAGACGUUCGUGGGGAUGUUUCCGAUAUCGUAAUCGAUACAUACUACGUGUCAGAGUAUCCUAUACGCCUAACCCACUCAUUGCCUCGACCUAUUCCAUACCUAUACGAUACGGCAGUUACAAAAUUUCUCCAGGAUGGACAGAACCUACAAAGCGAAUGGAUUGUCUUGUCUUCUCUAGCAAAAAUGUCAUCUAAAAAGUACUUGUAUAAGACAAGCCUUCCCCUUCCCUUUUAUGGAAAGCUGUUGGAAGAUCAGAUCCUCGUUGACGGAUGUGCACUUCGAAUCGAAGGACGCGUACGUUUAAUGCCCCAAAGGUUCAGUAUAGCGUUCCAGAAAGGACAGGAAAUUUGGCCGCAACCGACAGUUUCGUUUUAUUUUAGCCCCUGCUUCUUGCGAAGUAGACAUGAUAAAAUCGGUAAGGCUAUAAUCACAAGACGUGCCUAUUUAAAUGGUGAGUGGGUGAACUGUACAGUGUCCCGCCUAAAUACAAGUCUUAGACCAGGCGGCGCCUUUGUCAUAGUAAUUGUAUGCCGAGAUAGCUACUACGAGAUUUUUGUAAACAACAAGUCCUUGUUUCAUUUCAAGUACCAAAUGAAGCCCGAUUGUAUUGAUAUUGUGAAUAUCCGUGGAGAUAUUAAGCUUUGGGAAGUGGUAAUCGAAUCCAGCAAAAUGGUUAAAAAGCAACAACGAGGCCGUAUGGCUGUGGAGCGAGCUAUAAGUGCCUGGAAGCGCACAGGAGACCCGUAACUUAAAACAAAACUAUUAAUAGCCACACCCCUUCUGGGUUGUUUAAUUAUUAAACCACUAUUCGAAAAACUUGCUUAUCAAAUUUAUUAAAACCACGUCGUUACUCGUCAAGUAAGAGUGCAUAGUGUAUUCGUUGAAAAGAAUGUAACAAAUAAACGUUUCCCGACUCUGUAAAGUAUACAUAUUCUUGAUCAGGAUAAAUAGCCAACUCAAUCUUGCCAUGUCUGUCUGUUACAUUCUUUUUAAUGAAUACAAGAUACCCUUUACUUUUUCAACUCCGGAAGGUUUAACUAUUAAACCACUAUUCGAAACCACUUGUCUAUCAAAUUUAUUAAAACCUCGUCGAUGGUUUGGGGUCUUAUUCCGUUAAAUAACGUUUUUCACCCGUUUUUCAAGCCAAUUUUAUUUUUUAUCUCCAGUUCUGCUAAGGAGGUUUCCGAAUAUAGGCGCUAGAGCCCGACAAAGUUUGAAUAAAUUGGUAAAACUGAAAGUCCGACAACAUAAAUUAAUUCUUA